AUGAAGUUCUCGUUUGCGGCUAUUGUCCUGGCUGCUACCUCGGCCAUUGCCACUCCCAUUGCCAGUACACGCGAUGGCAGCUUUGUGAUCAAAGAUCUCAAAGCGCGCGAUUCUAUCUCCAAUACCAUGAGCUUCACACUCGUUGACGGCGACGCCUCAAUUGAUUGCAACCUGAUCUGGGACGGGAAGGCACCAGAUGCUAAUGCACGAUGCAACGACAAUAAGCAUCUUAUCCAAUUCCCCGAUGGCUUCGAGUUCGGAAGGUUUACCCUGGCCAUUGAGCGGAUUGAGCCCAACCCUAUCGGUGGCCGUGCUUAUCUAGAUGAGAACGAUGGGAAGUGGGACUGCGUGGACAACCCGUCGGACCACGUCUACAAGGACUGCAAGUACGAUGGUGACUAUACCAUUCAACUCUGA